CCUAAGCAAGGAAAGCAGGACGUCCCGCCGCGAAAGCAGCAAACGCGACGUCGUCCUCAACGUCAACCACUUGUGGAAAACCUGCUCUCUUUUCCCUUCUGCAACUUCACACAACCACCAGAAACAUAACAAGUUCUGAACCGCAGAAUAUCACUCAACUUCGCAUUGCUAGUAUUCUUGCACGCUUUGAACAUUCUCUUUUCGCAUCCAUCGACACUGCUUCCUGCCACCACGAAGCUUAUUACGAUUGUCCAUUUCCUGUAUUCCUGUACGGAACACUGCUGAGGUCGACUUCUCGUACCGUCCGACUCCAUCAACCCUCGCAUUAACCAAAAGUCGUUGGAAUCGCCGUAGAAUGUCUAGAAGGAGCAACACCAUGUCGGGCUCCAAUGGAAACAUCCCCAAGGACCUCACAUCCUCCAGCAGCCCAGCAAUUGACAAGCAAAAGACUCUUCUUUCUGCCGAUGUUGGGCACUUCUCUCUCGUGCGGGCCAUGCACCUUGCCGACUUGAUUACUCUCAUGAAUGGUAUGUACACCUUGACUACGGAAACCGUCGCAUUUGACAUGCUUCGUUCUUCAGAAAAAUGUGAUGGUUUGCUAACUCUAGCGUCAUCACAGGUGCUUGCGGUGUCAUGUCCAUCUUCUCCUCGCUACGAUACGCACUUGGCGACCCCAAGGAUUUUGACAACCUCUGGCUUGCUCUCUUCUUCCUGCCUUUCGGUCUGUUCUUCGACUUUUUCGACGGCAAGGUUGCUCGAUGGAGGAAGAAGAGUAGUCUCAUGGGCCAAGAAUUGGAUUCUCUUGCUGAUUUGAUCUCCUUCGGCGUCGCUCCCGCUAUGGUCGCCUUCACUCUUGGUUUCCGUUCGCUUGCCGACACUGUUGGUCUUACCUUCUUCGUUCUGUGUGGCCUCACUCGCCUCGCACGCUUCAACGUUACCGUUUCGGUUCUUCCGAAGGACGCCUCCGGCAAGAGCCAGUAUUUCGAAGGAACUCCCAUUCCCACUUCGCUCGGCAUGGACGCUAUCAUGGCCUAUUGGCUCUCGCAGCGCUGGGUUCAUGACAACCUUCCCUUUGGUGUCUGGUUCCAGGGUUCAGCUUUCGAGUUCCAUCCUGCCGUCAUUCUGUUCAUGAUCCACGGCUGCCUCAUGACCAGCAAGACCAUCCGCAUACCCAAGCCUUAAGCGAUAGCCGAUAUUACUAUUUAACAUGGUACGUUGGCUUGGUGUAGUUGCACUGAAAGAUUGGGUGGAGUGGGGUCAUGUAGUCUGGAUCUGAGCAUACGUUUGCCUUCACUGGAGGUGUCAUGGGAUCGAGUAGGGGGUUCAACAGGAAGUUCGCAAGAACAAACAUAAGGGACAAAAGGGGUUCCGCGCACGCGGUUGGAGACAUUUUCAUUUGGGGUUUGGGGGUUUGGGCAGGACAUGAUUCACGCAGCUUAUUGAAACAAUGGUAGUUCAUGAUACCCAUACAUUCCUUAUCUUGGUGCUUGGAUUUUAUGUGACAACUUUGAA